CCUAUAGCUCUCUCCCUGGAGCCACAAACCACAGUCUUUUGUCAUAUGACUUGAGUCCACUCUAUUCUUUCUAUGCUGGAGCCCAUGGACACAGCUCAGCCUUGACCAAUGACUUCCAAGUACUAAGGGGCCAGAAGGUGAGCAGUAAAGAAUAAAAGGCUACCCUUUCCAGCAGCAGACAUACCUGCUUUUGGCACUUCUGCGAUCUCCGUAGGCUCUCAGAUCUGACACCAUGGUGCAUUUUACUAAUGAGGAGAAGGCUGCUAUCACUAAUGUGUGGAGCAAAAUAAAUGUGGAGGAGGCUGGAGGCGAGGCGUUGGGCAGGCUUUUGGCUGUCUACCCCUGGACACAGAGGUUCUUUGACAACUUUGGCAACCUAUCUUCUUCCUCUGCCAUAAUGGGCAACCCCAAGGUCAAAGCUCAUGGCAAGAAGGUGCUGACCUCCUUUGGAGAUGCCAUUAAGAACAUGGACAACCUCAAGGGCACCUUUGCUAAGCUGAGUGAGCUGCAUUGUGACAAGUUGCAUGUGGAUCCUGAGAACUUCAAGCUCCUGGGCAACGUGCUGGUGAUCAUCUUGGCUUCUCAUUUUGGCAAGGAAUUCACCCCUGAUGUGCAGGCAGCUUGGCAGAAGCUGGUGGUUGGAGUCGCCAAUGCUCUGGCCCACAAGUACCACUGAAUCCUCUUCCCAGUUCACCGGUGCCCACUUGUGUCCUCACCACUUUCCUUCUGAAAAUGGGAUCUGGGCUUUGGUCUUGAC